AAUGUCUGCUGAAAUGCGUGUUUUGGACAACAAAUAUUCCAAACAAAAUGAUUUAUCUAAAAUGGAUAAAUCAGAAUUAAUCCAACUCCAUGUCACUUUACAAACUCGUUUAAACAAAUUAGAAGACACAAAUAUCGACUUGAGAGCACAAUUGUUGAGCGUUACAGAGGAGCGUGAUGCAUUUGAACGUGAAACACUGACGGGAGCAAACCUCAAACAAAUUCAAGAACAAAUAAAACAAAAAGACCUUAAAAUAGACGAAAUGAAUAAUUUAAUAUUGGCAAAGGAAAGACAAAUUAUUGACCUACAAGAAAUGUGUACUGAACAGGGACAAGUUGCCCAUUCAAAAUCUUUGGCUAUUCACAUAGUUAAUAGACGAUUACAAGAAUUGGAUGCUAAACAAGUUAAUGAUGUGGCUACGGAAACAACUGAUUUAUUGGAUAUUUCUGGGGCUAAUUCAACACCUGAAAGUUUGCGUAGAAAUCGUUCAAGAAGUCCGCAUAGAUCUUCGCCUGGCCGUGCUUUUCCCCAGUUUAGAAUAGGUGGCAACUCUUCACCCCCACCUGUUGAUCCAGCCGAAGAUGGAUGUUCUUCUUACACAACCGAAACGCAACAAAAUUUGGAUGGAACAUUUAAGAAAAAACGGAAGAAAGUUAACUUUAAUAUUGACAUAAACAAAAAUGAUGGAAAUGAUUUUUCUCCUCCACAAGUUCAAAGCCCAAUUAAAAAACAACAAAUCCCUUCUUCCGACUAUGAGGAAUUAAUUACUGAAAAUGAUCAUCUUCGACAAAUUAUUAGAGAAAUGGAAGAGGCACUUCAAUUUGCUAAUAAAACAGCCAAACCAGAGUCUAUGACUGUCUUAAAAGUGAAAGCUGUUGCUCAAGCUAAAAUUCGUGAACUUGAAGGAAUGCUAUGUCAAAAGGGGACAAACAAGGAAGAAGAGAUUGCUGAAUUAAAAGCUGUAAUUGAACAAUUAAAGGAUAGCAGGGAAUGGGUUCUGAGUGAAAAUUCAAAACUUCAAGACCAACUAGAAUGUUCAAAACAAAAAUGUUGUGAUUUGGUUGAAGAGAUGGAUUCUAGCCUUAAAACUACCGAUCUUUUUCGAAAAAAACUUGACGACAAUAUUAGAAAGAUGGAUGCCACAAUUGCUGAAUUGUACCAAACACGCGCUCAAGUUAGACAAGUUGUUGAUGAAAAGGCUAUUCUUACUAGUGAAAUUGAGCGAUUGAAAGAAGCAAUUUUUGCCCAAGACGAAUUUAUUGGUGUAUUAGAAGGCGAUUUGCUUGUUUAUGAAGCUCAUGUAGGCAUUUUGCGUGAUUCUAUUGGCGCUAGCAAAAAAGAGGAUCGUCAAUAUAUAAAAUCAAAAGCUUUUUCUGCAAAAAUAAAUGCAUUGGAAGCAGAAAAAGAAGAAAUUUGUAGGAAAAAUAAUGAAGAAAAACUCCGUGCAAAAGCUUUUGCUGUAAAAAUUCGUUGUUUGGAACAAGAAAGAGACGAACUUAAAUUGGCUUUGCGUCAAUAUGAGGGUGGAAGUAGUAAACAUCAACAACAACAUCAACGUUCUUUCUCGGUGGGAAUUCCCAGCAUUAGUCAAGAUAACUUUAAAGGUUAUUUUCAAACUUUAAAAUAA